UUGUUCUUCAUUCAUUGUUGAUUUCAUUCGUUGAAUCAAUCAGUGACAAUCAACACUUUCUUAAUGUGCAGAACGACGCAAUUGUUGAGAAGCCUUCCCUCCUUCUCCAAACGCUAUAAACAUACACACCAACACAGUUAACUUCAUUCAAUUCUUUAACUGCAAACACAUAUACACAUUCUUAUUCUUAUUCCUCAGAAUCAUGGACUGGAUUCGAGGACCAAUCCUCGGCAGUGGAAGCUUCGCCACCGUCAGUUUAGCCACACCCAAGAACCCUUCCCUUUCGUUCCACUUUCCGGCAGCCGUUAAGUCCUCCGAUCGUUUGACCUCCUUCUUCCUCGUUAACGAGGAACACGUCCUUGACCGCCUCGGUUCUUCUUGUCCUCGAAUAGUUAAGUGCUUGGGCCACGACACCACCGUCGAAAACGGUGAGUCGUUUUACAACAUCUUCCUCGAAUACGCUUCCAACGGCACGCUCGCUGAUCAGAUGAAGAAGAAUCAAGGUGGGAAGUUCGAUGAGAAACAAGUAAGAAGGUACGCGAGGUCCAUCAUGGAAGGGUUGAAGCACAUUCACGAGAAUGGGUUCGUUCACUGCGAUAUUAAGCUUCAGAACAUGCUUGUGUUCGAAAACGGCGAGGUGAAGAUCUCGGAUUUCGGGCUUGCAAAGGAGAAAGGUGCCACGGUGCAGCGUGGAGACAAGAAGUGGGAGUGCAGGGGAACGCCUCUCUACAUGUCCCCUGAGUCGGUGAAUGAUAACGAGUAUGAGUCACCGGCGGAUAUAUGGGCCCUUGGAUGCGCCGCCGUGGAGAUGCUCACCGGAAAGCCAGCGUGGAAUGUUAAGAGUGGGUCCAACAUGUGGUCGCUGCUAAUUCGGAUUGGAGUUGGUGAAGAAAUUCCGGUGAUUCCGGAGGACUUGUCCGAACAGGGGAAGGACUUUUUGAGAAAGUGUUUCGUUAAGGAUCCCAGGGAGAGGUGGACGGCGGAGAUGCUCCUCAACCACCCGUUUCUCGCCGGUGAAGACAGCCAUGAUGCUUUGAUCCAUAACGAAAUCUCGCCCAGAAGUAACUUUGACUUUCCUGAUUGGGAUUACACUUCCACGGUGAAUGAUUCUGCUGUCACCACUGUUUCCCCGCCUAAGGAUUGGUUACCGCAGCUGGUGACGGAGCAGGGGUUGCCGGAUUGGUCAGAAUCGGAGGGCUGGAUAAGUGUUCGGAGAAGAGUUAUCGUGGAAGCUUCGUGAGCAGUGAGAUCUUAAUUAGAAGAUUUUUCUGUUUAGAUUUGGUCAUUGAAAUUAAUUUUCAGCGGAUAUUUUUUUUUUGGUGACUUUCAUUCUUUUUUGGUGACAAUUUUCAGCGGAUAUGAUAUGAUUCACAAUCUUUUAAUUGUUUGUUAAUAAUCAAUUAUUCA